CUGACGUGACUUCGCUAAUCACCAGGAAGUGGCGCCGGUGGCUAACUGAUUAGCAUGGAGCCAGCGAUUAAAAAAUGAAACCAAAGCAGAACCCCAGAUGUCUGCGUUUUAACAGGUUGGGACAAGACUGACUACGGACUGGCUGAGUUCAGACCUGCAACAGGACUGGAAAAUGGGCCAGAGAAGGAAAGUUGGGGCUGUACAUAACCCCUCAUCUCAGAGUGACUCUGGAGAAACCCCCAAGGUCCACAGCCAGAAACACAACAUCUGCAUGGUGUCUGACUUCUUCUAUCCAAAUAUGGGAGGGGUAGAAAGUCACAUUUACCAGCUGUCUCAGUGUUUGAUUGAAAAGGGACACAAGGUGGUAAUCGUCACGCAUGCCUAUGGCAGGAGGAAGGGUGUCAGGUACCUGACCAAUGGACUGAAGGUCUACUAUCUGCCCCUGCAGGUGAUGUACAACCAGUCCACAGCCACCACCUGCUUUCACAGUCUCCCACUGCUGCGCUGUGUGUUUGUCAGGGAGCGCAUCACCGUGGUGCACGCACACAGCUCCUUCUCUGCCAUGGCCCACGAUGCACUGUUCCACGCCAAGACGAUGGGCCUGAACACGGUGUUCACGGACCACUCGCUGUUCGGCUUCGCCGACGUCAGCUCCGUGCUGACCAACAAGCUGCUGACGGUGUCGCUGUGCGACACCAACCACAUCGUGUGCGUCUCGUACACCAGCAAGGAGAACACGGUUCUGCGGGCUACACUCAACCCUGAGAUCGUUUCCGUUAUUCCCAACGCCGUCGACCCCACCGACUUCACCCCGGAUCCCUCACAGCGUCCACCCGACCGGAUUACAAUUGUUGUCAUCAGCCGUCUUGUCUACCGCAAAGGAAUCGACCUGCUCGGUGGAAUAAUCCCGGAGCUUUGCCUCAAACAUCCCGAUCUACAUUUCUUAAUUGGCGGCGAGGGGCCUAAGAGAAUUGUGUUGGAGGAAGUGAGAGAAAAAUACCAACUUCAUGACAGGGUACGUCUGCUCGGCGCUCUGGAACAUAAAGAUGUACGCGGCGUCUUGGUCCAGGGUCACAUCUUCCUCAACACAUCGCUGACCGAAGCCUUCUGCAUGGCCAUUGUGGAGGGAGCCAGCUGUGGACUGCAGGUGGUGAGCACUCGUGUGGGUGGAAUUCCUGAGGUGUUACCUGAGGAUCUGAUCACGCUAUGUGAACCAACUGUGCUCUCGUUGUGUACUGGUUUAGAAAAGGUAAUAUCCAAGCAGAGGUCUGGCUCUGUGCCCUCACCUGCCUCCAUUCAUGCUCGUGUGAAAAACCUCUACACCUGGAGAAAUGUGGCAGAGAGGACUGAAAAGGUGUAUGACAGAGUAGCUGGAGAAGAGGUGCUUCCACUGGAGAAGAGGUUACGGAGACUCAGGUCUCACUGCGGCCCCGUGGCUGGCUCUAUCUUCGCCUUUGUGGCAGUGCUGGACUUCCUCUUCCUGCUGCUCCUACGGUGGUUGGUACCAGACCAGCACAUGGACUUGGCUGUGGAUGCCACAGGUCCACAUGGACUCUGGACACAGACAAGGCAGAAACAUGAAGCUGGUUGCUAAAGUGCCACAAAGAAAGAACAGUAAAUGACCCCCGCCUCUCCUUCAGCUCCUGACACAGUGUUGGACCAUUGUUAUAAUAGCUACCUAAUGCUGAAUAUGCUCAGGAGAAUCCUUAAUGGUGUUUACAUUUUAUUAACAACAUCGACUUUGUGUGAAGGUGUUUUAUCUGGAGAUGUUUUUGCACUUUUUAUUGAUUUAUACACCCAUGUAGUACUGUGCAAAACGUCUUGAGUCAUCAUUCAAUUCUUAUACUUUACUGCUUAGGAGGCAGAUGUUCUUGAUGUAUUUUAAACUGGUCUUGAUUUGAAGUUCUCCAGACUUUUUGCAUGGGUAUAUUUUUAUAUUUUGUUCAUUUUUGAUACCAAAGCUUGACAGAUUAUUUCAAAAUUAGCCAUGAUCAGCUGAAGUAUAAUGUUUCUUUGUCUGAUCAGAUUUUUCUUAGAUUUUUUCUUUUUUUUUAAGACUAUCUGAUCCAUAUUUUGUCUCCUCCACAUCACCCACUUCACUCAUUUUUAACCAUAUUCCACCCAAUAUGCUCUCAGGGUCAAGAAAAAGUACUGGACCUAAAAAUAAGCGCAAAAAAGCAGCCAAACUCCAAACGAAAUUGUUGAUGGAUUUUCAGAAAGCAUUGAGAAUUACUGACCGAGACUGCUCUAAAAACUUCAGACAGAAAUCUGGUUCCCUGGACGCAAAGUAUAAGGAACUGAAGGUUUAAAACUUUUGCACAGUGCCAUUCAUUGCACAGAAAGAAAGGGGAGUGGAAAGAGUAUUUAAAUAUGCAAAGAUCAGCCAAAAAGCUGCAGUAUCUUAUCUCCUGUUACUAAUGGACCUUGUGGUAUGACUUAUAAAAUGUACUUUUCAUAUAAAGCUGUAUGUCAUGGUAGUUUUACCAAGUGAUUAUUUGGGUUAAUAACAAGUCGGUCUGGGUAAUAAAGUACUUAAAAAAAUGGAAAAA